AACUGCCGAUAAAAUUAUAAGUUUUUUCCAUCGAUUCUAGUGCCAUCUUUUGAGAAAUACUUUUAAAAUUAUAUUGUGCAAAAUACUGUACAAAACAGGCAUUAGUUUCCAGAUCUCUGAAUCAGCCAGACUAUAAAAUUUCAUUAUUUAUUUAAAUACAAUUAAUUAGUGAUAUUCUAAAGAAUUCCAUCUACCAAAAAAGUAAUUAAUCGUUUAUUGGCAUUACUAAUCAAUAUAAACCAAAAUUAUCAAGAUGAGUGAGAAGCUUCCACAAAUGAAGGCCGCAGAAGCAAUUUCAGCAUUGGACCAUCUCUGCCAAUUGGAUCCAAAUGCAAAGACAGCAUUCAUUCGUCUUACUGGGUUGAUUUGUACAAUUGGACCAGCUUCAAGAUCACCCGAAAUGUUGGAGAAAAUGAUGCAUUGUGGCAUGAAUAUUGCCCGUAUGAAUUUCUCACACGGAACCCAUGAAUAUCAUGCUGGAACAAUUGCAAACGUACGUACAGCAGUCGAUAACUAUUCAAAGAAAUUGGGCUACAAGUAUGCUCUUGCUAUUGCAUUAGACACCAAAGGACCUGAAAUUCGUACGGGUCUUAAUGCUGAUAAAGGUGAUAUUUCAUUAAAUCGUGGUGAUAAGAUUAAAGUCACUACCAACAAGGAUUGGUUUGAAAAGGGUAACAAGGAUCAAAUCUAUGCUGAUUAUCCAAAUAUGGUUAAGGUUUUAAACACUGGCGAUCGCAUUUUCAUUGAUGAUGGUCUCAUUUCCCUCGUCGUUGAUUCAAUCAGCGGUGAUACAUUGAAUUGUAGCAUUGAAAAUGGUGGAAAAUUGGGACAACAAAAGGGUGUCAAUUUGCCAAAUGCUCCUGUCGAUUUGCCAGCUGUAAGCGAAAAAGACAAAUCUGAUUUGUUAUUUGGUGUUGAGCAAGGCGUUGAUAUGAUUUUCGCCUCAUUCAUUCGUGAUGGACAUGCAUUGGAAGAAAUUCGUGCAAUUUUGGGAGAAGCAGGAAAGAAUAUUAAGAUCAUUUCAAAGAUUGAGAAUCAACAGGGAAUUGUUAAUAUUGAUGAGAUUAUUGAAAAAUCAGACGGUAUUAUGGUUGCUCGUGGUGAUUUAGGUAUUGAAAUUCCACCAGAAAAAGUCUUUUUGGCACAAAAGCAAAUCACUGCUCGUUGUAAUCGUGCUGGAAAGCCAUGCAUUUGUGCUACUCAGAUGCUUGAAUCCAUGACAAACAAGCCACGUGCAACACGUGCUGAAAUUUCUGAUGUUGCAAACGCUGUCUUGGACGGAGCUGAUUGCACAAUGUUGUCAGGUGAAACUGCAAAGGGUGAAUAUCCAUUAGAAUGUAUUACAACAAUGGCAAAGACUCAAAUGGAAGCUGAAGCUGCAAUCUGGCACAAGAAUUUGUUCCGUGAUUUAGUUUCAUUACAAGCAACUCCAAUUGAUGCUACACAUUCGAUUGCUAUCUCUGCUGUCGAGGCUGCAUCAAAGACUCUUGCAUCAGCCGUAAUUUGUCUUACUACAUCAGGGCGUUCUGCACAUUUGAUCUCUAAAUAUCGUCCUCGUUGUCCAAUCAUUACUGUCACACGCUUCGAACAAACUGCUCGUCAAUGUCAUCUUUUCCGUGGUAUUUUGCCAUUGAUCUUCUCAGAUGCCGUUCUCGAUGACUGGAUGAAAGAUGUUGACGCACGUGUCCAAUUCGGUAUUAAGUUCGGAAAAUCUCGUGGAUUCAUCAAGAGCGGUGAUCCAAUUGUCAUUGUUACUGGCUGGAAAUCAGGAUCUGGAUUUACAAACACAGUUCGCGUUGUGAACCAACCAAUCACCUUUGGUUUCUUCUUCUUAGCUUUUGUCGCAUUUGCAAACGCUUUUUACGGUGACUUGACUUACUAUACAGAAUGGAAUUCGAAUUACGGAUCAUGUGGAUUGGAACGAUCAAAAACAGAUCGAUUUUAUGUCGCUGCAUUAUCAAGAGCAAGAAUGGCACUUCCAGCAUCAAUUACAAAUCCAAAUAAACAUCCAUUAUGUGCUUGGAACCGUUGUAUUAAAGUAACUGGAAAGCGAGGAUCUGUGGUUUUAAAAAUCAGUGAUACUUGCUGGGCUUGUGGGUAUAAUGAUGUUGAUGUUGCUGAUACUGUAUUUCCAUUUUUGGAUGAUCCUGUUAAAGGCCGUGUUAAGAUCAAUUGGGAAUUUACAGAUUGUAGUAGAAUUGGAAAACUUUGAGAAGCUUUGGUAGAAUCUGGAAAAUCCAAUAGGAAAUUCCCUAAAAUAUUUAUUAAAUUAAAUUUUAGAACUUGCUUCAUU